GUGUACCAUGUAUUCCAUUGCGUUUUUCACUUUUUCUAUAUUACCACUUGUCACAUCUAUAGUCAGCCCUGUUAGUGAAUAUGUUCAUGUUCCUGGAAAAUUCAUUGCCCCUAUUCCUUCACACUCCAUAAAAGUUGAAAAAGACGUCAGUCUGGAGAUGUGCGCCGCCAAGUGCACGAUCUACUUUCGGACGCGACAGUUUCCCUGUUAUGCGUUUGAGUACACGGCCGGAAGUAGAAUGUGUGUCUACACAAACAUGACGACAUUACUUGUCCAAGAUGGUUACCUUGGUCUCCAUGACAACAGUAGGGUGGACUUCUACGAAAGAUCAAAAGCUUCCUACAAGAAUCUAUUUCGUAAGAUUCCAAAUUCUGCCCUCAGUAAACAAAGCAGUUAUUACCACAUCAAGCAGAAUUCAAGUCUGGAGGAGUGUUCCUUUCAUUGCGUCAUAAGUCACACCCAUAGCUGCUUGUCAUUCUCCUUUAGCCACACCUCCGGCACGUGUGGUCUUAGUAACAUGUUGUAUACCAGCCAAUCAAAUGACACAGCAUUGAUACACACAUCCCUGUAUGACCAUUACCAGUACUUUACCACAUGGCCUUGUAAUGCUACCUUGUCAUCAAACUACGCUCCUCAUGCUAUUGCGUCACUGAAGUACCCGUAUAUGGCAAUGUUGGAUUUGGACUGUCAUGUGACCAUUCAGGCACCUCAAAACAACAAAAUAACUUUGACAUUUCCCACUAUUUACUUCAAAUCAAACGUCUGCAACGAACCAGAAGCAGGGAUAACGGUACACGAUGGACUGGACGAAAGCUCUCCAGUGAUAGCUAGAAUCUGUUUAAUGACGAGUCACAUUUAUGCGGUAAAUUCAUCGUCUAGUAGUUUAUAUGUAAGAUUUCGAGCAACACACACAGCCAUGGCAUUCCAAGGAAUAUAUGAGUUCAGUCAAUCCGAACCUGAGAAAGACCUAUGUCAGAACAUCCUAUGUGGAAAUGAAGGGACUUGUCAACCAUCAGGACGUAACUUUAAGUGCGCAUGCUUUCCAGGAUUCACAGGAAUAUUGUGUGAAACCAAUAUUGACGACUGUUCCAGUAGUCCGUGUUAUUUUGGGGGCACAUGUGUGGAUCAUGUGAAUGAUUAUUCCUGUGUGUGUUUGGGUAACUUUACUGGAAAGCGUUGUGAGAGAUAUUUGGGGAUGUGUGCAAAUAACCCUUGUAUACACGGUUCCUGCUUCACUACCGGAAGGAACAGCUACGGAUGUCAGUGUGAACAGAACUACGUCGGCAAAAACUGUGAUGUCAAGUUCCAUCCAUGCUUAAUGAGACCAUGUAGACAUGGGUCUUGUGUUGAUAGUGGUAAUGACUAUCAUUGUAAUUGUGAACCUGGUUAUACAGGGAAAAGAUGUGAAAUUAGGGACAAUAAUCCUUGCACCCCAAAUCCAUGUGUUCGAGGUGAUUGUAUGAUAUAUGCUCCUAACCAUACGUACGCAUGUGUUUGCCAGUCGGGCUUCACAGGAAAGUUAUGUAACUACGUCAUCAACCAUUGCGAGGGCAUUGACUGUGGGUAUGGACACUGCGUCUCAGACCAAACCGGAUAUAGGUGUCUCUGUGACAACAUGUACGAAGGAAUUGAUUGUAGAACUCCUCGACUCUGCAGCGGAUUAGAUUGCGAAAACGGAACUUGCGUCAUGAAUUUGACGUCAUCACCUAAUGUCUACUGCAGGUGCGAUCAAGGAUACGAAGGGGAUAAGUGCAAUGACAAAAUUAAUUUUUGCAAGAAUUCGCCUUGUGUCCACGGCAGGUGUGAAAACAAAAAAGGUGGUCAUAUCUGCAUCUGUGAUAAUGGCUUUACAGGAGCCUUUUGUACAGAAGAGAUAAACCCGUGCCGGGAAGCGGACUGUGGCUACGGGAUUUGUCAGGCUACAGCUAACUUUACUUACCAUUGCAUAUGUGCCCGAGGGUUCGCUGGUCCUCAAUGUAGACAGACAGCAACAACAGCAGUUGAAGUUUCUCCAAAUCCUUGUCAAAAUCAAACAUGUCAUAAUGGCGGUGUAUGUAAGCCCACUAAGUCUGGACUGUAUGUCUGUCUGUGUAGACAGAUUAACGGUGUGUUCUACACGGGAAAACUUUGUGAAUUGUCCUAUACAUACUGUGAUUCCAGUCCCUGUAAAGUUGGUCAGUGUGUUUCCCAGGACGGUUCUUACAGAUGUGUACUUCAGGGUACCAGCAACACAACAGCUUCCCCUGAAUAUUUACGAGUAUUGUCAAGGGAUACGGCGUUUGACAACCUGCUCCCUAUUCACGAUUAUUAUAUUUUGGAUCAUUUUGAGAAUAUUACCCGGGACUCCUGUGUUGUAUACUGUUUUAAGGCUUUUUCAACCUGCUCUGGAGUCUUGUACAACGGUAAUCUCAGAAUCUGUAAAGUGAUGGCUUGUCUAAUGAACAUGAGAUUUCUUGAAGGAAGAGAUGGUUGGGAAUUUUUUGGUAAUGAUAAAGUUUGCGAGUCUGGAUGGAUCCGUUUGCAGGCCACUAUUCAGUGUAAAAGUCAGAACUCGUACUUAGUGGAGGUGAAUUCACCAGAAGAGAACAAAUGGUUAUCAGAGAUGUUUUUAUCGGCGAUUGGUAAUGGUAACAAUCAGCGUGAGUCCAAAGUAUGGAUAGGAACAUCAAGAAGAAACGGCACAAUAAAAUGGCACAAAAGCAGAAGCCCCCUUUCCUAUCAGUUAUGGAAAUCUGAGAAUCCUGAUGGUUGGGGGAACUGCAUAUUAAUGAAGCACAAUGAAACGUUGCAUAUAGGCAUGUGGAUUGAUACUAACUGUCAAUAUCUACACGCCUUUGUCUGUGAGAGAAUUUUAUAA